UAGCCAUCUUCCGGAACCACUGCAGCACCCAGAGGGCGCCCUCACCUCGAGCCGGGACCGCAGGUGGGAGACGCGGGACCAGGGGCGUGGUCUCAAGGGUGGGCUCGAGGGCGUGCUCUCGAGGGCGGGUCCGAGGGCGUGGCGCCGGCCUCGAGGUUCGGAGCAUCGCGGGCUGAGCGCGCCAGGAUCCGCUUUGCGAGCCGAAUCAGCGGAGCUUCGUUGGCCCAGCAGGCACAGGCUCCAGAGAUUGGACUCCUGUGAAAGACAAGCACACUGUCUAGUGCUCCAGUCCAGCCUGUUGGAGUAUUUCUAGUGCCAAGGUUCAUGACUGAGCUUCAUGAAAACUAUUGAGUUCCUUUUUCUUGGGAAGAUGUGAACAGAAAGUCUAUUCAGCACUGGUGGGGCAAUGGUGGUGGACUGAAGCGCUCCGCCUAGGUUUGUCUUGACUGUUGGAAAGCCUGCUGGGACAUGUCAUCGGUGCUGGAUGCCUGGUGCGCUACAGAAACUUGGCAGCAGGGCAGCUCUGAGCGAAUGCAGGAUGUCACCAGGAAUCAGGUCCCCGAGUCCAGACUUCCUGGGAUUCUAAAUGCACUGUCCUGUCUAGUGACAUCUUGUCCUACUGAUAAACUGGCAACUCAUCUGGCCACAACCGAGGGAAACUUAAGGAAAUACCAUUGGCAGCCAAGGCCUAGAAGAUUGCCCCAUCUCGAAGGGAAGUCUCUGACUGUCAUUUGAAAUGCUGAGAAAUUUGUUUCGGAGGAGACUUUUGUCUUAUCCUACAAAAUACUACUUCGCGGCGCUCGUCUUCUCUUUAGUCAUCUUCUCUGUCCUAAGAAUUCAUCAGAAGCCUGAAUUUGCUAGCAUCAGACACUUGGAGCUUGCUGGAGAUGAUGCUAAUAGCAACAUUAAUUGCACCAAAGUUUUACAGAGUGACCCCGAUGAAAUCCAGAAGGCAAGGCUUGAGUCACUAACAGUGAAAUUCAGGAAGCGCCCGCGGUGGACACCGCAUGACUAUAUAAACAUGACCCGCGACUGUGCCUAUUUCAUCUGGAUGCGCAAAUAUAUUGUAGAGCCCCUGAGUAAGGAGGAGGUAGACUUUCCAAUCGCGUACUCCAUAGUGGUUCAUCACAAGAUUGAAAUGCUUGAGAGGCUCCUGAGGGCCAUCUAUAUGCCUCAGAAUUUCUAUUGCAUUCACGUGGACAAAAAAGCAGAGGAGCCCUUUUUAGCUGCGGUAACGGGCAUUGCGUCCUGCUUGAAGAACGUCUUUGUGGCCAGCCAGCUGGAGAACGUCGUCUAUGCGUCCUGGAGUCGGGUUCAGGCUGACCUCAACUGCAUGAAGGACUUGUACAGCAUGAGUGCAAACUGGAAGUACUUGAUCAACCUCUGCGGUAUGGACUUCCCUAUUAAAACCAACCUGGAAAUUGUCAGGAAGCUCAAGUCAUUCCUGGGCGAAAACAGCCUGGAAACCGAGAAGAUGCCUCCCAACAAGGAGGAAAGGUGGAAGAAGCGACACACCGUUGUCGACGGGAAGCUGACGAACACGGGGGUGGCCAAAGCGCAGCCGCCGCUCACAACUCCUCUUUUCUCAGGCAGUGCCUACUUUGUGGUCAGUAGGGAAUAUGUAGGCUAUGUGCUAGAAAAUGAGAACAUCCAAAAGUUCAUGGAGUGGGCACAGGACACGUAUAGCCCGGAUGAGUACCUCUGGGCCACCAUCCAAAGGAUCCCUGAAGUCCCUGGUUCUCUCCCGGCAAGCCAUAAGUAUGACUUGUCCGACAUGAAUGCUGUCGCUAGGUUUGUCAAGUGGCAGUACUUUGAAGGGGAUGUUUCCAAAGGCGCUCCUUACCCACCGUGCAGUGGAGUCCACGUGCGCUCCGUGUGCGUUUUCGGAGCUGGUGACUUGAGCUGGAUGCUUCGCAAACACCACUUCUUCGCCAAUAAGUUUGACAUUGAUGUUGACCCCUUUGCCAUCCAGUGUUUGGAUGAGCAUCUGAGGCGUAAAGCCCUGGAGACCUUAGAACACUGAGUGCUGUCAGGAAUCCCGGGGAGAAUAAGGAUACACGCAGCGUUCCCCUCAUCCGCUUCCUUUGUCUCAUUUGGGGUCCUCCUUGGGGUGAUGAUUUUUAAGUCUGUGUCCGAGAAGCUGCAUGGAAUUGUGUAGGAUCCAGGUACAAGAGAGGAUGACACAGUCAGUGUUCUGGAGUCAAAAUGAGGAGAGAGGGAGGAUGGAUGGAGGCUGGGAAAGAUUUUAUGGACAGAGGGGACUCAGGUGACUGGGAAAGAGGCCAAAGACACAAUCAGCCUCCCCAGCUAAUCAAAGAAGCCAGGUACUUGAUCCAAAGGAGAUUUGAUUUGUGCCAAAAUUCUCUUGAGAAUUUUAAACACGGUAAUUUUCUUGACGUGAAUAAGUUUGUAGUAGCAACCAAUCACAAAGAUAUGUUUACCUUGUACAGUUUUUGGAACAGACAUUCAGUUUUACUAUUAAGUUUUCCUUGUAAGGAAUCUCCUUUGUGCUGUGACUCUGUGGGGUGGUGCCUCUGUGUCGUCUCAGGGGUUUAAAGUAUACUCAGCAUGAAUAUCUCUGUCUUUGUUUUUGCUUACAACCAUACAUACGUGUUUCCAAAAACAGGGGGAAAGGAUAAUUUCUAGCUCACCGGUUUCUAUGAUUUCUUUUAAGUUAUUAGAAGAUUCUAGGAGCCAGCUGGGUGUGAGCCUGUGAAGCAGGAUUGUUUAAGCUCAAGUGAUUAUAUAGGUUUCUGUGGUUCUGACUCUCAUCUCAAAUGAAAUUUUGUUUUCUCCCCAUCUUAAUAUUAUUUAGCUAAUUCUAAACUGCUCAGCCAGCAUUCUGAUGACUCUCCUUGUCAUUUACGUUAGAUUUUAAGCAGGAAUCAACACCGUGUACUUUUAGUUCUACAAUGUAGUCCACUUUAAUAAUCCAUGAGAAAAACCAUACCAGACAACUUUAAGGCAUUCAACUGAGAAAGUAUGUUUUCUGCCUCAAAGCUAGAAUAGAUUUUUCUUUUAUUGGCAGCUCUUGUCAUCAGAAAAGGCAGGAAUCGGUAGAUAAGCAGGGUUUUGUCUUGGAUCAAUAGAAACACGUUUGCUGCGAAACUGCAGCACCAAUGGUCCCAGCGGUGGGUGUUGUGUGCCCUCGAUGCUGGUUCCGGCUUCUUUCUUUAGUUUGUACCCAGGCUUUGUCGAAUGCCUCUUUACGGGGACAGGCUUCUUUACCUAUGAGGCAGGGCAUCUUUUGAAUCUCAAGUCAGGGAUGCCUGGUGACGUAAAAUUUGUGUGAGCAGCUGUAGCCGUACUGUAAGCAGCUUUUCUGUUUUGAAAACUGAAGGUAAAAGCAGCGAGCGGGUCCAGUGACCCUGACCUGAGGUCGCCAGCUGUUGACACACACAGCCCCAUUUGCUUCGUAUUGGAUGAACUCUAGAACUUUGCAAAACUGGAAAUAACAUUUAAGAAAGAAAUUACAAGUGUUUUUUUUUUUUUUUGAGAAUCAGGUAUUUCGAGUUAUUCCUCUAAACACUCAGCGUCGUACAACUGCAUUUAGUUCAGAAUUAAAUGGCAAGUUUGAGGGUCUCCUUUUUUCCCACUGUAGGAGUCAGACUAGGAUUCUAGGGUUCCAGAGCCCCGCAUUAAUGCUGUGAAGUCUCCACACCUCGUGAUACCUCACGUCCCGGCACCGCGCCCGCCGAGCUGUCUGAUGUUGCCGUGUCCCGAUGUCCCAUGCGGGGCGCCUGCGGUGUCUGUUUAUUGGCACUCAAUGAAUUUUGUUUUAAAAUUUUCCAUUAUGACUUAAAGCAAAACAAAAUUCAUACAGUGGGGAUAAAUAAUUCGAAGAACUUAAAAGGAAACUUGGAAAUGACACCGUAAGACAUUUCAGAAGAGCACAAUGCCACUUUGCCUUAUUUAAGUCAUUUCGUAUGUUAGUAAACACUAAUUUUAAUGCAGUCAUUAAGGUCUUUUAUAGAAAACUUCUAAAGUCAAUCAAGAUUUAUGUGUCAUUUGUUAAAAGUAAGUUAAUUUAAAAAGAUUUUACAUUAUUUUAUAGGCAACUGCCUAGGUUCUUUGAAGCCCAAGGU